AUGCUUAAUCACAAAAGGACAAGUUCUCUCUCCGACCAGGACUACCAGAGCCUUGUUUAUGACUUCAAUGCCGCCGAGGACAUAUCUUUACUUGGUGGUCGUCUGGACCAACUGUUUGAGAAGAUUGUGGAUACUUUCCCAAAGAACACGGCUCUAAUUCAUAGAGAUACAGAGAUGACUUUCUCUGAGCUCAACGAAUCUGCAAACAUACUCGCUCGAAGCCUCAUAAAACGAGGCUUAAAGCAUGGCGACUUGGUCGGCCUCGCUGUGUCACGAUCUAUCGAUCUUAUCGUGGUCGUCCUAGCUGUUCUCAAGCUGGGUGCUGCAUACGUCCCUAUUGAUCCAUUGUUUCCCGCUGAACGCAUCAACCAAAUGGUCAGUGAUGCUGGUCCUAAGCUCAUCCUUUUGAGUGGUAGUCCGAGCAAGGGUUUGGCAAGCUGGAAAGAUAUUUGCAUAAGCGUGGACGAGGCAAGGGACAGCUCGAUUGUUGAUACCACAAAUCUGGAAGCCGAUAUACAACCACAUGAUUUAUCAUAUGUAAUAUAUACAUCUGGUUCAACUGGGAAGCCAAAAGGCGUUGAAAUUAGCCAUGGGGCUGCUGCCAAUUUUCUGAGCUCGCUGCGGAAAUAUGAGCCAGGUUGCAACGAGCAUGAUAUCUUGCUUGCCAUAACGACAAUAUCCUUUGACAUGUCAGCUCUAGAGCUGUUACUGCCGCUUGUUUCGGGCACCACAAUGGUCAUUGCGGAUACCACUGCCGUUAAAAAUCCGCGGGAGCUCUUAGAGUUAAUGAGGCGGCAUCAUGUCACUAUUUUGCAGGCUACCCCAGCAACUUGGACAAUGCUCCUGGAGUCGGGAUGGAAAGGAGAUCCAAGACUGUCCAAGAUCAUAUGUGGAGGUGAACCUCUCACCCGCCAACUGGCAGACCGUCUGCUUGCCGCUGCUGAUUCAGUGUGGAAUGUGUACGGACCGUCGGAGACAACCUAUGGCAGCGUUGGGAGAGUGGGAGAGGGUGAUAUUGUCGUGGGGAAACCUGUUGUUAACGGGCGAAUUUAUGUCCUCGAUGACAACUUAUCUCCUGCCCCCGUCGGCUGCGAGGGAGAAAUAUAUAUCGGCGGCGGCAGCGUCUCGAACGGCUAUCGCAACAACACCGAGCUAACACGCGCGCGCUUCCUCGCUAAUCCAUUCCACGGCGGGUUGUUUUUCCGAACCGGCGACCUCGGCCGUUUUCUGGCGCCUGGAAAGCUGCAAGUUGUGGGCCGCAUCGACGGCGUGGUCAAGAUCCGCGGCCACCGUAUCGAUGUUGGCGACAUCGAAGCGGUCCUUCUCGACCAUGCGAGUGUGUCUGCGGCAGUUGUUAUCAGCCAUGAUGACCGUCUAGUGGCCUACUGUGUAUUGGAUCGGGCCCUGAGUAGUGAUGUUUCGCUUGAUACCAUUCUACGGCCAUGGGUGGCAGAGCGCCUUCCGGCGUAUAUGCUGCCAGCAUUCUUCGUACAAAUGGAUGCAUUGCCGUUAUCACCCAAUGAAAAGGUCAAUCGCAAAGCACUCCCUAACCCACUAGAAGCUAUUCAAAGCCAGGCUUCGAAGCAGCCAACCUCCGAGCUGGAGCAACAGUUGCUGGCAAUCUGGGCAGAUAUCCUUGGACACGACCGGUUUGGCAUAGAAGAUAACUUUUUCAACCUAGGUGGUGAUUCUGUACGUAUCAUCCGCAUGCAAACAAUAUUGGAGAGGCUUCUGCACCGGCCUAUACCUACGCCAAAAUUAUUUGAGCAUUACACAAUCAAGGAAUUGGCUGCGUAUCUGACUGGUAUUGGCAAGAAAAGUACCAGCAAUCAGGAACUCAAUACAGCAAACGAUAGAUUUAUUGGCAGUCAUGAAGACAUUGCAAUUGUGUCCAUGGCCUGCCGAUUGCCUGGUGGCGUGACAACCCCAGAGGAAUUCUGGCAGUUACUGCAGAAUGGUGGAGACACCAUUACCGAUGUUCCUAAGGAUCGUUGGGACGCUGCUAAACUAUACAAUUCAAAUCCUGAUAUUGAAGGUACCUCAUAUUGUACCCGAGGCGGUUUUCUGGACUCGGUUUAUUCCUACGAUGCAUCUUUUUUUGGAAUCUCUCCACGUGAGGCGCAGGCCAUGGAUCCAGCACAAAACCUAAUGCUGGAACUGGGAUGGGAAAGUUUCGAGCGAGCUGGUUAUACAAAGGAAAGGCUGCGAGGCAGUGCAACAGGCGUGUUUAUUGGUGUGAGCAACAACGGAACAACGAAUAGCACCCCUCCUGACCUCAAGGGAUACUCAAUUACCGGGAGUGCUAGUGCCGCUAUGUCGGGCCGUUUGUCCUAUACCCUCGGUUUAGAAGGCCCAUCUCUAGUAGUUGAUACCGCCUGUUCCUCCUCGUUGGUAGCCACACACUUGGCAUGCAAUGCUUUGCGCCAGGGUGAGUGUAACAUGGCUCUGGUUGGUGGUGUAAGCCUUCUUCUCACACCAGGCAUACACGUUGAGUUUAGCAAACUGCGUGGUCUCUCGGCAGAUGGUCGGUGCAGGGCCUUUUCCCAGGAUACAGAUGGCACAGGGUUUAGUGAAGGUGCUACUUCCAUCGUGCUGAAGCGUCUGUCUGAUGCUCAGCGCGAUGGUGAUACCAUCCAUGCUGUAUUGCGCGGCACCGCAGUUGUGCAUGGCGGCUACAGUGCCGGUCUAACAGUACCCAACAGCCCUGGCCAAGUGAAACUUAUCCGUUCAGCCCUGGCGCAAGGUGCAAUGAAACCCUGCGAAAUUGACUAUAUUGAAGCUCACGGCACUGCUACUAAACUUGGAGACCCUAUUGAGGCAAUAGCACUCGCUGAAGUCUUUGGAAAUGGGCGCACUAGUUCGGACCCUCUUAGGUUAGGUUCUGCGAAGUCAAAUGUUGGGCAUACUCAGGCUGCUGCCGGCCUCGUUGGCUUACUAAAAGUGGUUUUAUCAAUGCGACAUAAUAUCAUACCCAAAACCCUACAUGUAAACGAACCUACCAGGUCAGUUGACUGGAAAGGGGCCAACAUGGAGUUGGUUCUUGCCCCUCAACCAUGGCCAGCUAGGGAUCACAGACUACGCCGGGCUGGUAUAAGUGCAUUUGGAAUUGGUGGCACCAACGCUCACAUCGUCGUUGAAGAGCCCCCUAAGCUUCUCACCAGAAAAAAUGGUUGCACUUUGCCCACUUUAGUACCUCGCGCUAUUCCGUUCCUGCUCUCUGGGGGCAGUGAAUCAGCCCUUAAAGCUCAGGCUGAGAAACUUCGGUUACAUAUCGACAAUGGCAUUGGAAAAGAGGACCGCCUAAUUGACAUUGCUUUCUCACUAGCUACUACUCGUACCCACCUCCAACGCAGACAGGUAGUGGUUUCAAGAGAUAAGGCACAGGUACUGGAUGCUCUGGCAUCUAUAAGCUCGAGCUCUGACAAACUUUUCAAUGUGAAUGAGGUCGGGAAGCCAAAGUUGGGGAUGCUUUUCACCGGACAAGGUAGCCAGCGACUAGGGAUGGGCAAAGAACUCUAUUCCGUCUACCCUGUUUUCCAAACAUCGCUAGAUAAAAUUGCAGGCCUUUUCACGCAACUGGAUAUCCCUCUACUUGAUGUAAUGUGGGCCGAACCAGAAAGCACACAUGCCUCAUUACUCAACAGAACCGACUACACUCAAGCUGCAUUGUUCGCUCUUGAGGUUUCUCUCUGGAAUUUAUGGCAGAGCUGGGGCGUGCAGCCUGACUUUCUACUUGGCCACAGCGUGGGAGAGAUUGCAGCAGCUCAUGUUUCAGGCAUUUUGAACUUGUCUGAUGCUUGUCGGUUGGUGGCAAUGCGCGGAUCUUUGAUGCAAGGCCUUCCUAGUCAAGGGAAGAUGGCCUCAGUAGAAGCCAGCAGCAUCGAGGUUGAAGAAGUGGUGAACGAACUGAGCAAGAGAGACGAAGUUGAGAUAGCAGGUUAUAAUACACCUUCACAAAUUGUUAUAUCUGGGAAUUCUGAGGCGGUUGAGGCUGUAACAGCCCAUGUUGCUAGGAUGGGCCGUAAAACAAAACUGCUCGAUACUAGCCAUGCUUUCCACUCGGCUCAUAUGAAUGGUAUGAUGGAUGCCUUCAGAGCUGUGACUCAGGAUCUCCAAUUUGAGACGGCAAAGAUACCCAUAAUCAGCAGCAUGACCGGUUCACUAGCUGCAGCUGGUGAACUUCAAUGUGCGGAAUACUGGGUCCAACAGGCCCGCCGGGCUGUUAGAUUUAGUGAUGCUUUCCAGGAACUUAUUAAACAAGGAGCUAAUAUUUUCCUUGAGAUUGGACCUAGCUCGACCCUUUGUGGACUGGGUGCAGCCUGUGUUUCUGAUAUUUCUCAAAUGAGCAAGGCUUUGUGGCUGCCCUCCCUAAAGCCAAGAGCAGAUGAAGUCUCAGUCGUCCAAAAUAGCGCACACGAGUUACACAUGCGACAUGUACCCAUCAACUGGGCUGAAUAUUUUAAACCUUUUGACUGUGAAAGAGUUGGCCUGCCUACUUACGCUUUCCAGCGCGUGUCUUACCAGCCUACAACAAAAGCCAGCUGGCUCAAUGGUCUCACACAAAGAAAUGACUCUCAAACAGUCGUAAGCGGAGCGGAAAAUAAGAUGUUUGAAAUAAACUGGUGCCAACUCUCUGUGGGCGAAACCUGGCCUCGCGGCAUCUGGGGCCUUUUCAAUUUGUCUAUUGAAACUACAUGGGUGAUAGCCGCGCAUCGAGCUCUGGAAAGCUCCGGAGUUCAGCUGGUUCAUAUUGCCAAGCUCCAGGAUGCUAUGCAGCUCGAUGGCGUUCUAGUUUUCUGGGACUCUGAUGCCGAUGUCGUUCAGAAAGCGCACGCCUUCACGGCAGCAGCCCUGGCUCAUCUGCAGGAAGCAAGCAAUAUUGGUUUUGCCGCGCCAAUUGUGUGGGUUACUCGGCAUGCGGUCGGUGCGGGCGCUGGAGACCAGCCAACUGGGCUCGGGGCCGGGCCGCUGUGGGGCCUGAUGCGGACCACGAGAAGCGAGCACCCCGAACUGCAUCUUAGACUAGUCGACGUGGAUGACGAGAUAAGCCUGGCUGCCCUUGGAGCGGCGCUGGCAGCGGAUAGUCAGACAGAAAUCUCUAUUCGCAAGGGACAGCUACUUGUACCGCAUCUGGAACGCACUAACUUGGCCUCAGCACCCGCUGGAAAGCCACUACUCCGAACAGAUGGCGCAGUUCUAGUUACUGGAGGCCUUGGUGAUCUUGGAAAACGCGUAUCCCACAGGCUGGCCAGUUGCCAUGGAGUCCGUGAUUUAGUCCUGUUGUCUCGGACUGGUAAGGUAUCUGCUAGAGCCGACGCAUUUGUUGUUGAACUUAGCAAAUUGGGUGCCAGCGUUACCAUAGCUCGCUGUGAUGUUUCGGAUCUUGACAGCCUUAGAAUUUUUAUGCAGAAGUUUACUGCCGAUAGACCUCUACGAGGCGUGAUUCACGCAGCUGGAGUGGUUGACUCAGGCGUUUUAUCAUCCUUAACUCCCGAAAAAUGCGCCACAACAUUUGCACCCAAAGUAGAUGGCCUCUGGAACCUACAUCAAUUAACAAAGGAUAUGGAUCUGGAUAUCUUCAUGAUGUUCUCAUCUAUCUCUGGUAUCAUGGGCUUACCCGGACUUGGAAACUAUGCUGCUGCUAAUUCUUUUAUUGAUACCCUCUCUUACCUGCGACGUUCUCAGGGCUUGCCUGCUACCUCAGUGGCAUAUGGUGUCUGGGGUGGAGAUGGCAUGGCAACUACUCUCGUAUCAACAACUCGUAACCAUCUCUCGCAGCUUGGGCUAGGCUUUCUAGAACCAGAGGACGGACUGAAGCUGUUUGAGCAAGGAGUUCGAUGUGGAAAACCACUCACCAUAGCCGCUGUUCUGGACUUGGAACGGCUUAAAUCUUACUAUGGAGAACAGGGUGGUAUACCCCCGCUCCUACGCUCAAUCUUGGGGGAACAGAAUGACAAAUUGGCGGUUAAUACCGACAUGAAUCUACGCGACUUGUUAUCAAAUGCUGCUCCUGCGCAACACGGGAGGAUUGUGCUCCACAUUGUUCGAAAAGCCAUAGGUAAAGCACUGGGAUAUGCUCAGAUGGAUGAAAUAGACCCCAGUCAGCCCCUAAAGGAACUAGGAAUUGAUUCCUUAACCGCUAUUUUGGUCCGCAAUCAUCUAGCAACUCUGACCGGCAUGACGUUACCACCGAACGUCGCACUUCUUCGCCCAAAUCUCAAGUCACUUGGCGAAUUCAUCCUAUCCCUUUUUCGAGACAGUACUGACAUUGGCUCAACAUCCUCGCCAAAGGCCAAUGGCGCCUCCAGAUCUAAUGGCGUCUCAAGCUCUAAUGGCACUCCAAAGACUAAUACCGCUAAUGGCACCAGCACUAAUGGCAUCCAUGGCACCAAUGGCACACCAGAUUCCAACGGUGUGUCACAUACUAAUGGCAUAUCCAAAUCCAACGCCGAGGCCAAGGCAAAUGGUGGGAUGAAGGCCAACGGCUCGGCAGCAAAAUCUGUUCCUCAUGUCGAUAUGGCAGCUAUUAAAAGGGGUGUGCUAGAUCGAAGCUUCCAAUUUGAAAACAUAACAAAACACCCCCUUUCCUGUUUAAAUACCCCGAAAGCUGUGUUUGUGACAGGACCAACAGGGUUUGUUGGUGCGUUCAUGGUUCACGAACUCCUCAAAAGAGGCAUAGCUGUAUACUGUCUUAUACGCUCUAGUAACCUAGAUCAAGCUCAAGAACGCAUGACGCAAACACUACGGGAAUAUGGUCUUUGGAAACCGGAGUAUGCAUCGUUGAUUCACCCAAUCAUUGGCGAUCUCUCUCAACCACUGCUUGGCCUUCACGAGGAUAUGUUUGAUGAGCUAGCUGAUGUAGUCGAUGCAAUAAUUCAUUCAGGAGCUCUUGUGGAUUGGAUGCGUCCUUUGGAAGACUAUAUUGGUCCCAAUAUUCUGGGUACCCAUGAAAUUUUGCGUCUUGCUUCUCAUGGACGUGGGAAGGCAGUCCAUUUUGUCUCAACAAUUUCCACACUGCCCAUUCACUUAGGUUAUGGUCUUACUGAACUUGAUGGAGAAUAUGGCUAUGGUACUUCAAAAUAUCUUGCUGAGAGAAUGAUUGUGGCCGCUCGUUUCCGCGGAGCGGUAGCUUCUUCUUAUCGCCUGCCAUUUGUCGCUGCUUCAGGUGCUAAUGGCCGCUUCCGUCUUGAUCGUGGCGACUUUUUGAAUAAUCUUGCUAUGGGGAGCCUUGACUUGGGAGCUUUUCCAUCCUUAAAUACCACGUUGUCCAGCGUUCUCCCGGUCGAUUAUCUAUGCAGCACUAUUGCCAUGAUUAUGACUGAGGACCAGGGGCGCAUUGGUGAAGACUACGACUUUGUGAAUCCGCGCGCGCCCACUUUUGACACCUUCUUCGGGAUUAUGGGUGCUGCCAGUGGUAAUCUGGAAGUACUCCCUUUCAGUCAAUGGCAUCGUCGCGCCCUUGAGUAUGCAGCACUCAACCCGAAGAGCCCCUUAGCCCGUAUCACCACUGUUCUCGAUGGCUAUACAGACGAGACCGCCGGAGAUUUGCUAAAGGGAAGCCCUGUUGGCAAGCACGUCUUCGGGUUGGAUGUAUAUCCAGCCCCGUUGAUUGGUGAAGAAUACAUACAUAAAUACCUGGAUGCAAUCAAUUCUACAAGACAAAUUGGUGGCUAUGAGUAA